AGCCUGGGUCCCUUUUUCAUUGCUUUCUACCAUGAGACAAGGGCUAGGGAGCUUAGAUGGACCUUUGAUCUGAUGGAAUACCACAGUUCUUACAUACUUAUUUUUUUCAUAUAUACCAAUUACUGCAAAUGUUACUAAACAUUUUCAUAAAUGAAGCACCAGAGGCAAGAAUACCUUCUAAAGCUUUCUGUUCACUCUUUUUUUAAUGCAGGUUAGAAAAGAAGUUGGAGAUGUUACUAUUCUAAUCAAUAAUGCUGGCAUACUGACUGGGAAAAAGUUCUGUGACCUUACAGACGAAGAUUUUGAAAAGACCUUCAGAAUCAACUUCUUCUCUCAAGUCUGGACUUGCAAGGCCUUUCUUCCAGCCAUGGUGGCCUGUAACCGUGGACACCUGGUUAGCACAGCCAGUGGAGGUGGAUUAAUUGGAUCCUGCAGGAUGUCAGAUUAUUCUGCAAGUAAGAGUGCAAUCAUUGGAAUGAUGGAAGCCAUCAAUUCAGAACUGUAUCAUGCAGGAAAACGUGGCAUUAAAACCACAAUCGUUUGCCCUUAUUUUAUUAGUACUCGGUUAAGUAGAGGCUUCANNNAUAGAAAAUCCUGUUUGUUUCCUGUUUAUGAUCCAGAGUAUGCAGCCAGCAGGAUUGUGGAUGCAAUUAAAAAGGAAAAAUUUUAUCUGAUCAUGCCUCCAGCCGUAUACGUACUUGGUCUGAAAAUUUUCCUGCCUAGAAAACUGGCACUAUUCCUCGAGUCUUCCAUUAAGUUCCCUGAGAGCAUGGAAGAAGCCUUUGGUCAGAAGAAAAAGGWYUGAAACCAAAAGUAWUGUGAAGACCUCAAGUGCCAUCRAAUGGAACAUUUUCAGUUAGAAAGCAUUUCAAAUUAGAUUUAUUCUUUGACAGAWAUUUUGCUUCUUGUAUGCUAUUUUACAUUAUUCAGCCAUUUAGUUCUUCAGAAUUCUCUUUUAUCUUUUUAAAUUUGGCAAUAUUCUGAGUAACUUUUGAAAAAUAAGUAACUUUUGAAAAAUCUAACAUUGUAUAGGAAUAUGGUUAAGUGGCCAAGCAAAAACUUAGCAUGGACUGUACUGUUUUCAGACCAAAACUUCAAUGAGGGUUCCUGUUUAUGAGUGUGGGACACAGUUCUGUUGUAAAACAUAGGAAAAGGAAGUCAGGAGACAUACCUCAUUUAUUCUUGGAAAAUUAUGGACAAAAUCUCUUCUUAUAUUUGGAGAGAARUCACACCCAGUUCUUCAACUGUCUUUAUGUGAAAUUGCAACCUAAAGAAAAGAAAGCCCCCRCAUACCGGAAGUUCAGAGAUUAGUUACACAAAAUAGAUGCUGGUACUUAACUGAUAAAAAUCAAUCCUCAUGUAAAUCUUCACAAAACGCCAACAUUAAAUGUGUUCAUAAUUGCCUUAAUUUAAAAACAAAGAGAUAAACUGCAGAGCAGAAUAGUGAACCUACAAAGCCCUUUUUAAACUCUAAGGAAUUACAGAGAACAUUUAACAGUCAUCUAUUGCCCACAUUUGCCAUCACAUUUCAAUUAUACUUAACUAAACCCACACUUACAAGCUCCCAGAUACAAAUACUUAUAAAAGCACACACUAUUGAAAUCCCAGUGUUUCCAAAGUAUGCAUGCAUUCAAUAAAUUCUUUCAUGUACCUGUAGAUGUUACAGGGAAAAUUUUAGCUGACAGAAGGAGAARGCUAUCUGAAGUUUGGCUCUUUGGAAARCAAGAUUUAUUGAUUUAUAUUUUUAAAAACUCUCUAGAUGAUGAGUAAUUGAAAUAUUAUUUUCUUCCUAUUAAUGAGACAGGAGCAAAGUCUAAAUUGCUCCUUGCAAACAACAAUGGUUUUCUCAAUUGCAGGCAAAUAUGUUGAGGAUUGGGAUUUCCUUAUUCUGCGUGAAUGUUACAAUUUGGCUCUCGAUCUAUGAUCAUUUUUAAGUAUAAUUACAGGAGUCAAUGCAAAUUGACAUGACAUUAUAUUUGUGAAUGUAUUGUGAGCCUAAAUGUCCUAAUACAUAAUUUCAUUGCUGGUGCUGCAGAUCUUAAGAACAGAGCUUGUGAGGUGAGAAAAACAUAUUUUAGAAUUAUUUGUGAAAUGAGAUUCCCACUUGAAGUAGUGUCACCUGCUGCUGACAUUAAUGUUUGGUGAACUACCCAUAAUUUAAAAUCUGAGGUUUCAGGAUGAAAAUUUGCAGCCAAGGAGCUCAUUGUAAGGGCUCUCUUUUUCAGGAUCCYUUUCUUAUUUUCAGUUUCUUUAAGUAGAGUAUAUCAACCUUACCACCCACAUCUGCAGUUGUAAAUUCACUGACUGUAGAGGCAGGAGAUGAGUAGAUGAAGAAUAAUGCAAAUGAAAUAAGAGUCUAUUUUCUGAGCUGUAUUUUCACCUCUUCUGCAGAGUCACCCUGCAAAACCUUAUUCUGCAUUGCUGCAACCUCAGCCAAGGUCACUUUCAGCUCCAUAUUCUUUUCAGGCUAAUCUGCUUGUCUGAAGAAAGAAUUUGURAAGCUUAAACUUUCUAAGUCUCACAGUGAUCUUUUAGAUCUUCUUAUCAGUCCUAAAAAUCAGUAACUCAUUCUUUUCCAUAAAAAUAUCAGGAAAAUAGUUUCACUUUGGGUCUGGUUGGUGCUGAUGGUGUUGUUUGGGGAAGAGUAGUUUCUCUUUUUUAUAUAGAAAACUGAUAGAUCCAGUAAUACAAUGCUAAAAGUGUGAGCCUAAACCUUCCUAUUAAAGCUCAAAGAAUACAUCUGGUGUUCCUGCUUUUUAAUAGGAAAUUAUCUUCUUGUUUUGAAAUAUASUGUGUCACUUAAAAGAAGUAUCUCAGUUAUCAACAACUACCAAUAAAUGUGUCCUUUCUUUGAGGCUUUCUUUUAUCAUAAAUCCUCCAUGGCAAAAAGUAUUUUUUACAGCAGAAAUUCUGUUACUAAAGAAGCUGCAAAUGAGACUGGAAGACAGUUUAUCUUAACUUUUCCUCAUUUUUUUUCUACUCCUUGUUCUCUGCAAAACUGAUGAAGAAGAGACCUGUGUUGUUGCACCAGCACUGAGAUAAUCUGUGAUAUCGGAUAAAAUAUGGCUUCUUGCUCUUGUUUUAUGCCCAUUGGUACAGCACACCUCUUCAGAACACMUUUUUCUUAUAAAAGAAGUUGCAAUAUGGAGUAUUUUAUGAAAAACAUUAAUAGUAUUCAAAUGAUAAGCAUUUUGRUAAAGAAACAUUUGAAUGAGUUUGGGUCACUUUGUAAUCUAAGAAAAAUCUUUAAAUAAACUUUUUAAGCAAUGA